ACCCCCCGGGUCAUGGGCAUCUCCGCCAAAACCAGCGAGGGCGUCUCGGAGAUGUGGGAUAAGACGGCGGAGUUCCGUGACCUCCUGCUCAGCAGCGGCGAGCUGCUGGCCGAGUGGCGCCGGCAGCAGAAGGUGUGGAUGUGGAACCUCGUCCAGGACAACAUGCUGCAGCACUGCCACACCCACCUGGCCGGCAAGGAUAAGAUCCCGCUUCUGGAAGAAGAGGUUCUAUGGGUCUUGUCCCCUGGGCUGGCAGCUGACCUGCUGCUGAAGGCAUUCAAAGAUG